AUGUCCGCCGAACGAUUGAUGCCAUCGAGCGAUCUAUUCAAUCCGCGCUUCCGAUAUUUCUUUUUCCAUCCGAACAAUUCGUCUACCUGGCAGUCUCUGAAAGCAAGGUUCACCAAUUACCUUUAUGAGAUCUGGAAGAAAGGAGCCCUGGUGGGCGAAACACCCGAGGAGGCAUUUUUUGUUCGAGUUGAGGAAGAUGAUACUAUGACACCCGAUGAAGUCAAGCAGGGAUUCAUGCGGCUCAAAGUUGGAGUUGCAGUUGUGCGUCCCGCAAAUUUUAUUUCCAUGGAGUUCACUCAACAAACUCAGAAAUGA